GCCGGCGUGCAGCUGCCCCGGAACGUGUGACGUUGGACAACAAAGAUGGCAGGAGGUGGAGGCAAUCACUGGGAAGAUUUGCGGAGGCAGGCGCGGCAGUUGGAGAAUGAGUUGGACCUGAAGCUGGUCUCCUUCAGCAAGCUGUGCACCAGCUACAGCAGCUCACACGACAGACACCAUGGAGACAGUUCUGACACCACACCCCUCCUUAACAACUCCACCCAGGGCAGACUGUUUGAGACUAUGGCUGUGGAGAUCGAGCAGCUCUUGGCCAAGCUCACAGGUGUGAACGAUAAGCUGGCGGAGUACAUCAGCACGCCGGGCGUGGCCUCUCAGAACGCCGCACUGAUGCACACCCUUCAGAGGCACAGAGAUAUCCUGCAGGACUACACCCACGAAUUUCACAAGACCAAAGGCAACUUCCUGGCCAUACGAGAGAGAGAAGACCUGCUGGGGUCAGUCAGGAAGGACAUAGAGUCGUACAAGAGCAGCUCUGGUGUGAACAACAGAAGGACAGAGGUCCUCCUGAAGGAACAUGAGCAUCUAAGGAACUCAGAUCGACUGAUUGAUGAUACUAUCAGCAUUGCCAUGGCAACCAAGGAGAACAUGACCUCCCAGAGGGGCAUGCUGAAGUCCAUACAGAGCCGGGUCAACACCCUGACCAAUCGUUUCCCAGCCAUCAAUAACCUGAUCCAGCGAAUCAACCUGAGGAAGAGGCGGGACUCCCUAAUUCUGGGCGGGGUUAUUGGAGUCUGCACCAUUCUCCUCCUCCUUUAUGCUUUUCACUGAUGGACAUAGAAACUGACCAGCUGCUUUAGGGGCCUCUCCCUUCAUAGAGGUGGGGUCUGAGAGAAGGGGGCGGGGAAAUAGCAGGACCAAUGCUGCUGCCGAGCUGACACCUGCCUAGCCAAUCAAAUGACAAGAUAGACUGCUUUUUGUGUCAGCAUGGGCUAAUGUAUUACUGUUUAGCAAUGAUGGCAGUGAAGAAUAGAGCUCUGAGUAUUCUGCUGACAGAAAUGCUGCCAAGAAGUUUAAACAUCAGUGGAGUGCAAAUUAGUGGUUA